UUUCCGAGAUAUUCAGCCCGAUUCUAAAUAUUCUGCGGAUUUUACUUUUCUCGAGAUAAAAUCCCCCUAUUCUAAACUAGCGGAGUGAAGAGGAAAAGGGAAAGAGAAUUUCGAAUUUUCGAUUUUGGCAAAGCAAAUGACAACUCAUUUUGACAUUUCUGUGUGAAUUGAGGAAAUUCAAAAGUUUAAACUAUUUGUUGAAUUUAAUAGUUUUUAAAGAAAACAUUAAAAUAAUGCAUAGUAUUGCCUUUCGGAUGGUAGUUGAGGAGACAUAUGCCGAAUCGGAGCUUCAGGAAACUCAGCAGAGGUGUAUAAGAAGGAGGCUGCGCGAUAGUACGAAUCCACUUGAUUUGCCGCAAUCACUGUUUCAGAAGUAUUAUAGGGCAAAUAAGCCCGCUUUUCGAUAUUUGUUGAAACUCCUAACCUCGCAUACUCAGCAAGCUAAAAAACAGUUUGCAGUUUCGCCUGUUAUAAAACUGAGCGCAUGUUUGCGUUUCUUUGUUGAAGGAGGAUAUCGAACGGGAAUUGGAAAGGACUUCGACGUUUCUCUAGCCCAGUCCGCCUUCAGUAAAGUUCUGGAAGAAGUGACAGAUAUUUUUGAAACGUUGUUGUGCUCAAGGUGGAUAAAUGCGUCAAUGAGCAGCGAUGAAAGAAGACGAAUUUCACGUACAUUAUACGAAAAACAUGGUAUUCCCAGUAUUGUAGGGUGUCUUGAUGGAACACAUAUUCGUAUCAUCGCACCCUCUGUAAAUAAGCACCUAUACUACAAUAGGAACGGAUACUAUAACCUAAAUGUGAUGCUGACCACGACCACGAGCUUAGAAUUCGGUAUGUUGAUGCCUCCCAUCCUGCUGCUUCUCAUGACUCCUUUAUUUGGAAUGGCAGUUUGUUGAGAACUCACCUUGAAACACAGUAUUUGCGAGGUGAAGGAAAUUUUUGGUUGCUAGACGCUGGAUACCCCUUGGAACCAUGGCUCCUGACACCAUAUCGAAGCCCAGAAGAAGGCUCCAACCAGCUAAAAUUUAAUGAAGCCCAUUCGAAAUGUCGUAACUUGAUUGAACGAGUUAAUGGAGUGCUGAAGAAUCGGUAGAGGUGUCUCUUUGGGGCAUGAGAACUGCAUCACACUCCCAGAAAAGCAGUUAAAAUAGUGAAUGUUUGUUGUGCGUUACACAAUAUAUGCAUACAUUUUAAGGCAUACACAGAUAUAAGCGAAGUAAACCCAGCGGAGGAACAGAUAAUCCAAAUUAGUGAAAAUACAGAUGUUACCUAUUUAACCUCGCCCCAGUAUUUGGCUGCAGCACAAAAUAUAAGAAACCGAAUUGCAAACUCUUUAGAUUUUAAGAUAAAAA